CGUAAAUUUCACCCAACCUGAAGGGUUAAACCACAAACACUCAACUAUAAAAUUCCCAAACGCACUGGGACCGAAGCAUAAAAAAAAAAAAAAAAAUCACAGCAAAAAGCUCUAAGGAAAAACCAACACAUUUUCUGUCUACGAGAACUUGACUGAAUUCUAAUCCCUUUUCUUUCGUUUCCAUCUCUGUCAUUAUCCUGUAUACAUGAAAGAGCUUUUUCUUUCUCCUCUUCAGAAGAACUGCGCAAAUCCAUCAAGGAAACUCAAGCUUGUUUGCAGUUUCAAUGGCGCAUUCCACCCCAGACCUCCUUCGGGAAAGCUUCGUUAUAUUGGUGGCGAGAGUCGUAUUAUAUCCGUUGACAGAAACAUUGGGUUCUUGAAACUUCGGGCAAAGAUCGCGGAUCUUUGCCCGAAAGUACCGUCCUUUUGGUUAAAGUAUCAGGUAGCUGUUGCUGACGUGGACUUGGACAUGGGGUCGAUCGUGAUAGAAUCGGACGAGGAUGUCAAGUGCAUGGUGGAAGAGUACGAGAAUCUGGAGUUGUACGGUAAGAGCACUAGGCUUUGGGUUUUUGUAUGUAGUAAUGGGCUUGAAUACGGACGAUUUUAUAAGGGUCAUGUUGAUAAUAAAGUGACGAAGAAUGUGGGAAAUGGUGGUAAUGCUUUAAGGCAUGGUGAUGAUUCUUUAAGAAAAAUGGUUUUGAAACAGCAGUUAUUGGCGAAACAGACGAGUAGAAUUAGUGGAACUCGGGGUGGUUCAGGUUUUGGUGUUAAUGAGAGUGGAAUGGAAUUUGCAUCUUCUACUAAGAAUCAAAAGUUUGGUCACCCACUUGUGGAUUUAGGGACUGAAGAACCAAGUGGUUUUGUGAGUGAAGAGAACAAAUCUGGUGGAAAGUUGUUAGAUUAUGAAACAAAUUUGGGGCCUCAGAUGUGUCCACUAAAACCUAGGGACGGAAAUUUGAGUGUGCACUAUAGUUGUUCAAUGCAAUUUCUGCCAGGGCCGUCAGGUGGUGUUCUGUGUAAUGGAGUUGGGGUUUUUUUUCAGUCUGAUGCAGCAUCACGGGGUUUAAAGCAACCAAAUAAUUCUGGUAUGAUUUCAAUGUGUAAUUGUUGUGAUGCUAAACAUGAUUUAAGGAGCAGUGAGCAAGGGUCAAUGAGUAAUUUUAAUACAGAGAAUAUUAUACCAUGGGAUAGUUCAGUGAAGCCAGUAUAUUACAACAUGAGGGCUGGAAAUCCCGGUAAUAUAAAAUCUGGUGAGGUGGCGGGGGAUAGUUCUCUAAAUGUGUUCUGGAACCAUAAGUUCUGCAUGAAUGAUCUUGGUAAUCAGUGGACAUACUAUCUCCGCAAUCAUAGGAACAACCUGUCUGGGAUUGGGAACCGUGGAAUUAUUAAGCUGGAUGGAGGAAUUUCUAGUGGGAAAUACUAUCCUGGAGUGAAAACAAAUUCCAACAUCUCAAAGCAAGGGUGGUCAUGCUGCUCCAGUUUUAGGAAGCCUUGGCCUGGACUACCUGAGCAUGCGCUGUUAGAGGGGGCAGGUAUGAUGACUGAUUUAAGUAAUCCUGAUUUUCCAUAUGGCAAUUCAAAUCCCAAGGCAUGUCAUUUAACAUAUUAUGGUGCAUGGGCUGCCGUAGGCAGUCAAUCUCUCUUUACCGAUAAUGUUAAUGGCAGUCCAUCUGCAGAUAUAAGAAUGAUGGAUGCCAAACAAUAUCUCAUGGUUGGAUCGAAAAAUGGGCUUGAAGUUCUUUAUCAAACUCGCUUUGAGAAUUGUCAUGCAGCAGCCAUAAGUUGUGAACCAAUUCACUGCAAUCUUCAGAGCACACAAUCAGUUGCUGAUGCCAUUAACCACCCUGCUUUGUCAAAUGAUAUGGGCUAUAGAAAUGGAACAGAAUUUGUUUGCAAUGACCACUUGCCUGAUGCAGAAGAAUGUAAGAAUUUAGAAAGCGACAAUAAGGAUGGCUAUGGCGCUCAUAAUUUGCAAGGUGGAAUUGAUUCUUCAAUCGAUCUUUUGUGUAACCUUACAUUGUCAUCAUCCAAAGGAAUGCAACCUCCAGCACUUUCUUCUCAUGAUAGCUACAAUGUUGCUGAUGCCUUGAUCAUGCCUCAAUCAAAUCCGAUAGAUCUUAAGGAUGAAGUGCACAUGGACAUAGGCCCUCAAGUUGAUCAAUCAAGUGGAAACACAUCUAAUCCUUCACCCACACACAUGGAUGAAUUGAAAAAAGAUUACAUCCAAGAAGAAGCGGUGAAACAUGACCUUCCAUCUGAUAUAAGCAUUGAUGAAAAGUCAGAAGCUAAAGAUGGAAACAAAUGCUCUAAGAUGAUUGGUAGAAUUUCAAGUGACCUGACUGCAUUUUAUACUCAUCUAGCUACUCGAGGGCUUCAGACUAUUAGGAGUUCUGACCUGGAAUACAUAAAAGAACUCGGAGCAGGUGCAUAUGGAACUGUCUUCUAUGGAAAAUGGAAGGGGUCUGAUGUUGCAAUCAAGAGGUUAAAGCCAACUUGCUUCUCGGAAGGUUCAGUGGAGGAAGAGCGAUUGGUUGCAGACUUUUGGAGGGAAGCACAUAUUCUAGGUCAGCUUCACCAUCCAAAUAUAGUGGCAUUGUAUGGUGUAGUUACAGACUGCCCUUUGACAAGUUUGGCAACAGUGGCAGAGUACAUGGUGAAUGGCUCCCUGAAACAAGUUCUGAGAAGAAAAGAUCGAACUAUUGAUCGCCGAAAGAGAUUAACAAUUGCCAUGGAUGCAGCCUUUGGAAUGGAAUAUCUACAUGAGAAAAACAUUGUCCAUUUUGAUUUAAAAUCGCAUAACUUCCUUGUUAAUAUGCGGGAUCCUCAACGACCAGUGUGCAAGAUUGGUGAUCUAGGCUUAUCCAAAAUUAAACAGAGGACACUUAUCUCUGGCGGAGUUCGAGGAACUAUACCGUGGAUGGCACCAGAGCUUCUAAAUACUAAGAAGAACUUGGUAACAGAGAAGGUUGAUGUGUACUCAUUUGGAAUAGUCAUGUGGGAACUCUUAACUGGGGAGGAACCUUACACUAAUUUGCACUCAAAGGAAAUAAUAGCUGGAAUAAUCAAGGGCACUCUCCGACCUGAAAUCCCCAGCUGGUGUGAUCCAGCAUGGAGAUCCUUGAUGGAGAGUUGCUGGUCGACUGAUCCUAACUCGAGGCCUGCUUUCUCAGAGAUCGUCAAAGAGUUGCGUACCAUGUCAGCAGCCAUGAACAUUAAGUAAUUACAGCAAAGCUGAGAGGCACAGGGCAAACCCGUUGAAGUUUUUCUCCUUAGUAAAACAAGUUAGCGUUUCCAGGGACAGGGCAGAGUGAGAUGUGAUUAGUUUGCCAUCCACUGCAAUGUCCAAUGUGAUGAUAACCCUUUCUUUAGGGGUUGUUGAGCCAGGUGAAAUUUGUUUUUGCAGUCACCGGGGUCUUGAUAUAGCAAUUGUAUGUACAAGCUGAGUUUAGAAGGUAUGGCUUCUCUAGUUUAGAUUGAAAGGGUAAGGGUAACGGUUUUUUAACCAAAGGACAGGGCGAGGCCUUAGGUAGCUUCAUGUUUUUGUUUUUUGUUCUCAAGGCUACAAAUGGCCAUGCAUUGUUUCCCGUCCCCAUGUCGUUGAGCUAUUUCUAGCCCAAGGUUUUUGUUUUCAUUUCCGUUUUCUGGUAUUAAUUGGCUAAAUUGCUCAAAUCCU